AAGGUAAUCACGAAUCUAAAUGUCAUAAAAAAUCAAAAGAUGCAAAAACUAAAGAUUUGUCCUUAGAAGAUAAUAUUCUUGCACAAUUAGAAAAAGAUAAAAGUGCAUUAAAUAGAGUAGAAGAAGCUUGUAAAAUAGCCAUAGAUGGAUUUUAA